UGUUGACCGACUCAGUGACCUGGACUCCUGCAUGCAUUACCUGGGUAGACACAGUAAAAAGUGGGAUGGCAGCAGACAACCACCUAAGGACACGUUUGUGAUCCUUUUUUGGCACCAGACACAUUUUUAAUUAGGUCCACUCAGCCUCCAGCCACAAUGAAUUCAGAUGACGACCCGUGCCAUAGCAAGCACCACAUCGACGCCUCCAAAAGCCCGCUGAUCAGUGCCAUCAUGUUCGCGAUGGGGAUCUUCGGCAAUGUAGCGUCAUUGGUGAUCCUGGAAAUCCGACGACGCAGAGAAACAAGUACAGGGGGGAAAUCGCAGCGCUCUCUGUUUCACGUGCUCAUCACGUCGCUGGUGGUCACGGACUUGGCAGGGACUUGCCUGAUCAGCCCGCUGGUGCAGCUGGCGUACUCACGAAACACUACCAUGGUGGGGAUGUCACCAGAAAGCAACAGUGUGUGCGAGUACUUUGGCGUCAGCAUGACCUUCUUCAGUCUGGCCACCAUGUCGCUUCUUUUUGCAAUGGCAUUAGAGAGAUGCUUUGCCAUCGGAUAUCCCUAUCUGUACAGCCGGCAUGUCACCAAGAAAUGUGCCUACAUCACAAUCCCAGUGGUGUUUAUUUUAUGUAUGUUAUUCUGUCUCCUUCCGUUUGUGGGGUUUGGUAAAUACGUGCAGUACUGUCCCGGCACGUGGUGCUUCAUCGACAUGAACCCAAUGCAGAGUGAGGACAGAGUCUACCCCAACCUCUAUGCCACCAUCAUGCUGGUGCUGGUGCUGGCCAUUGCGAUGUGCAACGGUUUUGUGGUGUUCCAGCUUUUCAAGAUGUACCAACGGCGGAAAAGGAACAGCGGCUCAAGCACGCGAUCCAUCCAUGACCGCAGGACGAUGUCCAUCGCCAAGGAGGUGGAUCAUCUCAUCCUACUGGUCUUCAUGACCAUCAUCUUCAUCAUCUGCACACUGCCCCUAGUGAUCCGGGUGUACAUCAACUCCAUAGGGACCCGUGUUGAGUCUCACCGGCUGGACCUAAUUGCACUGCGCUUCAUCUCCAUCAACUCAAUCAUUGACCCCUGGGUCUUCAUCCUGCUCUCCCCCAGCGUGCUGCACUUUUGCUGGACCACGGCCUGCCACACUCACCUUGGAAGCUCGAGGGGUUCCAUUUUCAAAUCAUCAAUAGCAAAAGAGAAUGCCAAUAACAUACAGCUGUCCCACACAAAACUGGACUACAAUACCAACUUACACAGUGCGGAAAAUGUAUGACCACCAUAAGACAUUUUAUUUUAAUAUUUAUAUUUAUUUGACACAUGAAUGGACGGAGGGUCCUCUUUGGUGAUCACAUGAAGUGGAGAGGCCUCGAGUGAACAGCAUCUACACCCGUGUGUGAUGUUUUUAUCUUUAUUGUGGGGUGUAUUUGAUGAGAUAAGAAACCCUUUCUGUUUCUCUGAUAAGCACCUAUCAAGUAUGUCAGGUGAAGGCCAACCACUUCAAGCAUUUCAGCAAAUUCAGUGCAUGCUGAAUGUAUACUGAACUUCACUAAUUAAGUAUACAGUCUCAACAGUUUUCUCUUGUGCUGCUUCUAUUGUAUGUCAAACUGCAAGUGGGUUUUCUCUUCAUUGUACCAAGACUCAAAAGGUUCGAGAUGUGACAGAAUUCAAUUCUUCCAUCACCAUGGACAGAUUAUUGAGGGAGUAACCUUUGAUCGAGGAAGAUGAAGGAAGGAAGAUGUGAUAUAGCCUUUUUUGGAGAUGACUUCUCUGAUUUAAAUGCUGCUCAAACUGUUGUGCAACGGUUCUGAUAAAGAGGUGACCCAUGUUCACCUGCCAUUAGCAUGCAAUUGCAUAGAAAUUGAUAUCAAUUUAAAGCGGUUUUGCUUUUCAACUAUGAACAAAUGCCCACUACAAUCAAACCAUGACUUCACACAAUGCUGAUUGAUUCUUAUCAGCUCCUCAAGACUUUGUGUUUUCCCAAUACAGCAGUAUUUUGCCUGGUGACAUUUCCAUGCUGCACACAGGAAGUGAUUUGUUUUAUGUCAGGACAGAUGGAGGCA